GAGAGAGAGAGAGAGUGUGUGUGUGUGUGUGUGUGUGUGUGUGUGUGAUUGGAGCUUGUAAACUCGCUCAUUGUCGGUAGUGUAAGACUGAGAGAGCCAGCGGAGGGCGUCCCCUGCUCCUGGCAGUCAUUUAGAGAUAUAGAGCAAUAAAUGUAAAUCAGCAAGAGUGAUAUAUUGCUAUCAAUGCAGUGUUGAAAGAUCAAGAAAUGGAAUUAAUGGUGCAACAGUGUAGGUCUGGAUGAUGAUGUCAACCUUUGAUUAGCCAGAUAAAAAAAAGUACUAAUGCUAUGAUCAUUAUAGUUAUGCAAGAAAAUUAAUGAAAAUCAGACUAAACAUUAUCUCAACAAAAUGCAUUUGUUUCACCUGUUCAUCACAUAUAGGUAUUUCAAGGCAUACAAAUAUCAGUGAUUGAAAAUGACAUCUUUUAAGGAACUGUACUCAAAAUUCCGAGGACUCUUACAGCAAUCAUGGCUGACAAACGAUGUAGCAGCACACUUUGGUCCCAUGGCAACACUGGACAGCAUGUUCAAGUAUUUGUGGUCAAGACCAGAGGCACAGCAAGAGCUACUCCCUCCCCCCGGCAACCUUCGAAUCAGCAGGAAAGGAGCAUCAGAGUCCGAAAAGUUCCGUAAUGAAGGAAAUCGUCUUUAUAAGGAGAAGAAAUUGGAGCAGGCACUCCUGGCAUAUAAUUACGGCAUACUGGCGGCUCCACACCCAGGUCUUGAUGGAGAGGUCGUGGGGUCACAACAUGAGGGACUCUCACUAGCUUUUGCCAACCGGUCAGCUGUGCUAUAUGAAAUGGGCCAAUACAAACUCGCACUGGCAGAUGCUGAGAGAGCCCUUGCCUCUGGUUACCCUUCCUCUAAGAGACAUCGCCUGCAUGAGCGAAGGGCAAAGUGUCUCCAGGCGAUGGGGAAAAUGGAAGAAGCCAAUGCAGUUCUGGAGGAGACUCUUACUGCUCUUGCUACCUUGUCCUUGGAUGAGAAGGAAGUCACAGCUGCCAAGAAUAGCAUCAGUAAAUUAAAAUCUAAGUGUAAUGAGAAACAGAACACAACCCCUGCUUCUCUGCGGUAUCAACACGUGUUUUACACAGGGCAGCCACAUCCUCCACCAGUGUCUCAGCCCCAGUCUGACCUGCCAUGCCUCAGUGAUGCAAUCAGCAUACAGUACACACCCAUCCGAGGCAGGCACCUGGUGGCCAACAGGGACAUUCUACCAGGGGAAGUGUUGGUGCAAGAGGAUGCCCUAGCUGCCACAACCAAGCUGGACGCCACACUGCGUUCCCACUGCUCCACCUGUCUGCGCCGCUGCCCUGCUCCACUCCCAUGCCCCACCUGUUCCCUGGUGGUGUUCUGCAGUGAGGAAUGCCAGAGUACUGGUGUGACAGGAUACCACAAAGCAGAGUGUGGAGUGCUGCCUGCCCUGGUAUCACUACAGCUUGACCCUGCAGCAGCCCUUGCUUUCCGUGUCUUAUCCUCCACCACUCUUCCUGCCCUGCGUGCCAAAGUGUCAGCCCUACUGGAUGAGGGGAGUGGCUCAAGACCUAUGCUGAGUGUACAGAGAGACUACCGAAUGCUGUACCACCUUGAAGGGCACGCCACUGCACGCACUGAGAGCCAACUCCAGGAAACAGCUGCCAUCGCCUGUGUUUUGGCACACAUAUUAUUUCAAAACUGUCCUUCUUUCUUGAUGGAUGAUACUGGAAACCUUAGUGCAAUAAGUGAGGAGGAUAUCACUCUGGUGGGUGGCCAGCUGAUGAGACUUAUUCUGGGGCUGGAGUGUAACAUUCACCUCACAAAAGAGGCACUGGUUGGUACUGCUGUCAUGAACAAGGGUAGAGGGCAGGAGGUUGGCUGGUCAGUGUACUCUGCUCUCAGCUUUGUGAACCACUCGUGUGUGCCAAAUACCCUUUCCACUUCUCAAGGAAAAGUCAAGUUUCUCUACAGCAUUAACAUCAUCCCACGAGGGGCAGAAAUUACAGACAGUUAUGGUGAGCGGUACGUCAGCCACACACGCACAGAGCGCCGCACUGCACUUCAGCAGCACUACUACUUCUGCUGUGGUUGUGCUGCAUGUCAGGCUGACUGGCCAUUAUUCAAAGACAUUCCUGAAAAGCCAAGUUUAAGAUGCCCAUCUUGCUUCCAGGCAUUGGCCGGAUUCACAUGCAGACUCUGUGACAUAUCAUGCACCUCACAAGCCACGACACAGACAGGGAUCCAUCUCUAUAAUGCUCCUGACAUUCUCAAACAACUAAAUAAGGCAUGGCAUGAUUUCCUCAAGGCAGCAGUACAGAUUCAAAAGGGGAAUGUUUCUCCAGAGUUGGUUGAGAUGGUAGUGACACUGAUGGAGAUCCUGGACAGGUACACAGUCUACCCUAACCAGGCUAUCAUCAAUGCCCAGGAAGCACUUAUGGCUUGCUUUGACCUCAUGGGUUCUGUCCACUUCCUUCCUAUAGCACCCAAGCAAAAAUAAUUGAAGAAACAUGACUCCACAAAUCACUACACUGGUCAUUUUAACAAACCAAGAACUAUAGGAAGUGAGUUUGUGCAGCUCAUAGAUGGAGAGAUGGUAUCUUGAGUGUUCCUUAAUAUCCCAUUUUGGUGUUACAAAGCCUGGGACCACACAUUCUAACAACAGUGUGCACAAAGCUGUUAUCUAAAUAAGGAAUCCAAGACAACCACACACACAUGCACACACACAUACAAACACAGUAUACAUAAUACCUUGCCAUAUCUAAUCAGUAAAAUAUUUAUCUAGUAUGUAAGCCUACAAGCUGCUGUUGACUCUGACAUGUUUAUAAAAAAUUUUCAAAGU